ACCGGAGCUUGGGCUGACCCGGCGCGGUGCUGCGGUCCGGCGGGGCGGGGCGGGCUCGGGGCCCGGUGGGGCGGCGGCGCUUUGUGCGAGUGGGAGGGCGGAGCGGGGCCGUGUCAGCGACGGGGGCGCUGCGGGGCCGGAUCGGGCCGGGCCCUUCCUCCGCCCUCUCCUCCUCCUCCUCCUUCUCCUCCUCCGCCGCAGGUCCCAGCGCGGCCCCGGCGGAAGAUGCGCGGCCGGCGGUGAGCGGCGGCGGGGCAGAGGCCGCAGCCCGAGGCUGGCGGGCGGAGGAUGCGGGCCGGGCCGCCCCGCCGAUGAGAGGCAGGAUGGGCACCCAGGGCAGCCCGGUGAAGAGCUACGAUUACCUGCUCAAGUUCCUGCUGGUGGGCGACAGCGACGUGGGGAAGGGGGAGAUCCUGGAGAGCCUGCAGGACGGCGCCUCCGAGUCCCCUUACGCCUACAGCAACGGAAUUGACUACAAGACCACUACUAUCCUUUUGGACGGCAGAAGGGUCAAGCUGGAACUCUGGGACACCUCAGGACAAGGAAGAUUUUGCACCAUUUUCAGAUCCUACUCCAGGGGAGCCCAGGGAAUUCUCUUGGUGUAUGACAUCACUAAUCGCUGGUCCUUUGACGGGAUAGACCGAUGGAUAAAGGAAAUAGAUGAGCACGCCCCAGGUGUCCCUCGGAUCCUGGUGGGAAACAGGCUGCACCUGGCCUUCAAGCGGCAGGUGCCGACGGAGCAGGCGCGCGCCUACGCCGAGAAGAACUGCAUGACCUUCUUCGAGGUGAGCCCCCUGUGCAACUUCAACGUCAUCGAGUCCUUCACGGAGCUGUCCCGCAUCGUCCUCAUGCGGCACGGCAUGGAGAAGAUCUGGAGACCCAACCGAGUGUUCAGCUUACAGGACCUGUGCUGCCGAGCCAUUGUGUCCUGCACCCCAGUGCACCUCAUCGACAAGCUGCCCUUGCCUGUCACCAUCAAGAGCCACCUGAAAUCCUUCUCCAUGGCCAACGGGAUGAACGCGGUGAUGAUGCACGGCCGCUCCUAUUCCCUGGCCAGCAGCGGGGGUGGGAGCAGCAGCAAAGGGAACAGCUUGAAGAGAUCCAAAUCCAUCCGGCCGCCCCAGAGCCCCCCACAGAACUGCUCACGCAACAACUGCAAGAUCUCUUAGCAGGAUGGGCCCCGAGCUUCUGUCGGAUCCACACCCACCCACCGAUGUACAGCUGUUUGCACACCGAACCCUUUCCCACUGGAUCCUUUCGGAUGGGCCACGGUUGCUUUUCCAAUGGCACGCACAAGCGUUAGGAAUGUGCUCACGUUUUGGCUUGGCAUAGGAAGAAACAUGGUGCCGGCUGGAUCCCACAGCGCUGGCGGGGAGAGGAUCUGCCAAGUGACCCUCCAAGAAUGCUUUGGGCUUUGCCUUUUGGCCUGGGGUGGAAAAUUCAGCAGCUGCCGGGUUGGGGAGGGGGGAAGGGGAAAAAAAGCUCAUCCAGUCUCAAUGGAGCAAUGGAUUUAAUGGAAGAUUGAGAGGCUUAAGGGAGUAGGCAAGGAGAGUCUGUGCUGCAACUUUAACUCUUGGCCUCCUGAACAGAUUGCUGGUGCAAUAGUGAUCAUUGGAUGUAGACAAAAAGAAACAGGGACAGGGGACUAAUGAUAGUUUUCACCGGGAUGUUAACCUGCUGUUGCCAAAAAAAACAGAGAACAAGGCAAGAGUUGGCCAAUUGGAAAGGGGAAGGAAGCGCUCUGUUCGCUGCCUUCACUUAUUUAUGUAAAUAUUAUACAUAUAUAUAAAUAUCACUUGUUUUUUAAGGGUUUUUUUAAGAAGCAGUCAGGGAAAAUUUUAUGCAGCCAUGUAAAUACAAGCACUGGAUUGACUUUCCCAGUGUCAGCAAAGCGGACAAGUGGAGGAUUUUCCAAUGAAAACACAUAAAUGCUUUAAGAGACUUUUCCCUCACCUCUGGGCUCGUGCUGGUGUUUUUAAAUACUACAUAUGCAGAAGGAAAGGACGAUUGAUGUGGAACAUGCCCCAAGCUGCUCUAUUCCUAUCAUUCCCUAGAACCUGUGAGUGCCGAGGGCAGGGUGGGAUGGCAGUGCAUGGAGAAGGGGAGCAGCGAGGCCAGGGUCCGGGGGGUUGGAGUGUUUUGGCAGGCAGGAGGAAGAGGCAGCUCUGGGGUCAGACUGAUGCCUUGUUCUCUUCGUGCUUUCUUGUCAGGGAUUUGGGAGCAGGGGUUGGAAGCAUUGUGCCUAAAGCAGAGGAAAAAUGCUGAAUUUUGUCCCUUAUUGCUGCAAAGCCUCAGCCAUUGCUUCUAGUGCUCUCCAUCCAUGACAGCAUGCCAUGUGACAGCCCUUGGAUCCUGGCUGCCUCCAGCUUUGCUUUCCCAUAGAUGCUGCCUGAGCUCACGCUGCUGUGGCUCCUCCUGGAUGAAAGUGGGAAAGGGCAGAAACAGCUUUUCCCACUGGAGCAUGAAGGAGCAGGGAUGGGGGAGGUGGAAGAUUGGGGUGGGGAAACAGCAAUCUCCAGGUCCCUCAGUGGCAAAAUCACUUGGCUCUUGGGACAAUCCCAGGAGAUCAGGAGAGCAAACUGCUUUGCUCAAUGGGAUGACUCCUGGGUCUUGGAGGGACAAGAGCUUGGGACGGAUCUUCUGUCAAGCAAGUGCACCUGCCUCCCUGGCUUUGUUCCACCUGUGCUGGAAAUUCACCUGGAAACUGAGAAAUAGCACCCAGCCCUUAUCCCAAAAGCUAAGGGAGCCUGGCAUUGGGGCAGAGCUAUGGUGGCAGGUUCUCAUAGGUGGCCAGGGUGUGUAGAUUUUGAGUAGCGUGGUAGCAAGUGAAGUGCACAGUGCUGCCAUCUCAUCCUGGGAUCAGCUUGCCCCCUUUCCAGGCAGCCUGGGGCACUGCUUGGGCAGAAUGAAGCUGCUGCAGCUCCUGCACGGCCGAUGGACCCGCUGUGUCCAGGUAGCAGGGACAGGAGGGACACGUUCCCCUGUGGGGACAUCACUUCCCUUGCUCCCAAGCCAACGUGGGAGGUGCCAGAGGCUUCCCCCUCCCCUCUCUGCAGAGCACAUCACAGGCAGGUCUCUUGGCUUGGCUCUCUCGUGCUUUAUCACCCAGCUCAAGUGAGCGAGGACAGAAUUAAACCCCAGGCAGGUGGAGGGGUAGAGGAAUCCUUUGAAGGGGUGCUUUGGCUCAAGAGCAAAGCUGCAGCCGGGCCGUCCUGGUGGCACGAAGGCCGGGGGAUUUGGAGAACCUGUCUGGGAUGGCUGGCACCUGUUUCCCAUCACUUAACACACAGCAGAAGACAAUCGCUGGCUCAGCAGCGCAGGGAUAUACGGCCAACAGGUGACCGGCACCGCCAACGGUGGCUCCUCCCGGGAAUCGCCCCCGGGCACCACGGCCCCGGCGCCGGUGUGCGGGACUGAGAGGGGUAAAGGGAUCCUUCCUGAAACCACCAAGCUGCUGCAUGUCUCAAAACUCGCUGUACCUCUGCUUUGGUUUGGCUGUGCCACGUGUGCCACCUCCCCAUGCUGUUUUCCCUGUGGUUGGUUUAGGUUUUGUCACCCUGUAAAGUCUCACGGAUCCUGUCUGGAGUGUGGAUGGAAGAUUUCCCUGGAGUGAUUGCCCAGCAACAAACUUUUUUUUAUUUUUUAAUUUAAAAGGAAAAGAUUCUUGCAUCUGAUGUCAACACUAGGCUGUAGCUGCUCUCCAACACUUGUACCAUUCCUGAGUUGGGUUUUUUUGGACUAUCCUUUUAUUUUUUUAUUCCUUUGUACAGUCAGUGUUGUUUAACUGAUUCUACAUGGUUUUGUUUUGUAUAAAUUAAAGUCUUUUUGUUUGUUUUGAACUACCAGUUGAAAAGAGGAGAA